GCAUACGAGAGGCGGUUUCCAAGCUGUCCUCAGAUCCCAGUGGUGGUAGAGUGCGUCAUCACAGACGACAGCUGGUCAGCAGACGACUCUCAGCGACACACGACCAGGCGGUGCCAGCUGAAUGUUGAAGCUCCUUACCUCCUAAAAAAGAUGAUCGGUGUAGAUUAUAUCUUCUUUAUCCAGAAGAACAGCCUGGACCUCAAGAAAAGGGUUUUGGAAAUAGAAGCUACAAACGAAACCUUCGCUGCCAGAGUCGGAGUUGUGGAGAAAUGCAAAUAUUAUGUCCACCCCGAUAACCCUGAGUGGACGUGCUUCGAGCAGAGUGCACUCCUCGACGUCAAGAACUUCUUCGGACUCGAGAGCACUGUCGAGAAGAUUGCCAUGAAGCAGUACGCUGCUAAUGUUGCUAAGGGCAAGGAGCUGAUCGACGUGUUCAUGAAGGAGGUGUACAAUGAUGGAGUGACCUCACUGAAUCCGUGGAAGCAAGGUGCAGCCACCGAAAACCGGGAGCUCCGGCGAAUACUCUCUCGGGGAACCGAACCAUUGUCCCCUAUGCUCACCUCCGAGAGCAGGACGCACUCAGAACCAGACCAAUACACCCUGGACAGCGACUACAUCAAGCGGUACCUGGGCGAGCUCAGCCCCAUGCAGGAGUCCCGUCUGCUGCAGCUCCGCAAGUGGAUCGCUGACCUGCAGAAAGGCAAGGUGCCGAGCGACACCACAUUGCUGCGCUUCCUGCGCGCCCGUGACUUCAAUGUAGAGAAAGCAAGAGAGAUGCUCUCGCAGUCGCUGCUGUGGCGCAAGAAGCACCAGGUCGACCGCAUCCUCUCCGAGUACGAGACCCCUGACGUUGUGAAGCAGUACUUCCCUGGAGGCUGGCAUCAUCAUGACAAGGACGGACGUCCGCUGUACAUUCUGAGACUGGGUCAGAUGGACGUGAAGGGACUGCUCAAGUCCAUCGGAGAAGACGGCCUCUUGAAGCUGACACUUCACGUAUGCGAGGAAGGUCUGAAGCUUCUGGAAGAGGCGACGAACUCGAGCUCGCACGCGGUGCAGUCGUGGUGCCUGCUGGUGGACCUGGACGGGCUCAACAUGCGCCACCUGUGGCGGCCCGGCGUGCGCGCGCUGCUGCGCAUCAUCCAGAUCGUGGAGGCCAACUACCCGGAGACCAUGGGCCGCGUCCUCAUCGUGCGCGCGCCCAGGGUCUUCCCGAUACUGUGGACUAUUGUCAGCACGUUUAUUGAUGAGAACACCCGCAGUAAGUUCUUGUUCUAUGGCGGCAAGGACUACCUCCAACCAGGCGGCCUGCUCGACUACAUACCCAAGGAGCUCAUCCCUGACUUCCUGGGGGGACCCUGCAAGAGCUUCGUGCACGAGGGAGGGCUGGUGCCGAAGAGUCUGUACGUGAGCGGCGCCUUCACGGAGCGGGAGGGAGACCCUCUCAGUGAGGACAGCAUCUACCGAUCUGUUAGCUUGGGCAAAGGACAGGUCCAUGAAGUAAUAGUACCAAACCGCGACCCUCAAAGCGUGCUGACGUGGGACUUCGACGUGUUGCGACAUGACAUCGCCUUCACCGUGUACCGCAGCGACCACGAGCUCUGCCACCCACCCGCUGAUACUACGGCGCUGUGUGUAGGUGGGGGGGACGAGGCCAAGUCGGUCCUCGACCAGAAGGGGUGGCGCGAGGGGGAACACUUCCACAGGGUGGAGCCUACACUCGUCUGUCAUGAUGGGGAGAGCAUACAGGGCUCGCACGUGAUGCUGGCGGUGGGCAGCUACGUGCUGCAGUGGCGCUGCGACGUGCUGGACUGCACGCACCGCGCCGCGCAGCUCAUGUACUUCCACGAGACGCUCACCUCGCACCACUACAAGGGUUCGAUGUCCAGCCUUCAAUCUGGUACGAGUGGGUUCUCGUGCCUCAGUGGCAAGUCAGUGAGCAGCAGCUGUCCGUCCCGGUGAUGUGAGCUUCAAUUCCCGGGCGUGACACCCCCCGCCCCACCACUCACCUGAGCUAGCUGGCAGAAAUGGAGAAACUGGCGAAAAUGACUCAUAAAGUGGCGAACUAAAAAACAUUGCAGGUGAAUUGAUCGUUCCCAACUAGAUAGUAGACUAGUUACAUGUUACAUUAUAUUAGUUCAAAUAAUAAUUAUUCGUAUAAUUAUAGCUGUCGGAUUUGAUAUAGUUAUGUGAAUUCUUAGUUCGUAAGAUUGUGAAGGAAUAAAAAUACGAUGUGAAUUAUUAAAUAUUUUAUUGUAAGACAAAUGCAUAACUUGCAGGCUUUGUGUCCUGUUUAUCAUUGUUGAUACUUCAUGCGCAGGAGUUGAUAGAAUGGCUCUUGUGCUUUUAAUCACGGUUUCGAAUCCCACGUGGAGCGUGGUAUUAUGUUUUCUGGUCUGUUGACGUUUUUGUGUGGCACGCAUAAAUGACGUAUGAAAUAAUUAUAAUAAGAUCUCAUACAUAAAUAACUUCACAUAGGAGAAUGGUUGAGACGGAGCGAUUUUCAAAAAUACGAAUAUAAAGUUGUGAUAUCGUUUUAAUUUAGAAAUAAUAAUUAUUUGUGCGUACUAUGUAGUGUUGGACAAGUAUUUGUAGUAGAAAUACAGUAAUAAUAUAAUACUUGAAUUUUUAACUACAAAUAAAUCGCUCCGUCUGCGUGUAACAAAUCUAGCUCUUAUAUAAUAUCCUUCACUAUCGUAGCCAUAAAAAAUUACUCAAACUUUACCGCCAAACAGAUUUCAAUCUUAUACUAUUGUGAAUAGAGUCUAUUUUUCAAUAAAUAGCUAAAUAUAUGAAUAAAAUGUAUGUAUUUAAUCGGUCGUAUGUAACGCAUGUUUAUGUACUAACAGAAUAUAAGUACUUGUAGAAUUGAACGUACUAAGUUAUAUACUUAAAAAUAUAAAUUAUAACACGUUCAAUCUAAAAACAUCUUUAUUGUACACGUUUGAAAGUUCAAUUUCGAAUAGCAUGAUAUGAAAAUAGCGAUCGUUUAAAAGCGUCCUUAUUAAUACGUAUUAAAGUUUAAUUUGGAAUGACAUGUGUCAUUGAUUCACAAAAUCUUCGGUAUGUAGUCCAAGAGCUCUACAUAAGCAUGCGUCAUCUACAUUAGUUACAGAAAUGUGCUAAAAUUAUAAAUAUUUAUAGCCAAAUUAUAUGCUCAGAGUUAUAAUAUAUAAGAUAAAACUAAAAGAUAAACGAUUGGGUACAAAAUUGUGUAAGGAAAGUAACACUUAGUCCAGGAGCCAGAGAUGAAGUGUCAAAUAUUAUCAUAGGACUAUAAUAAAUAUAUUUAUUUUGAUUCAAUUCCAUUAUAGCUGGUAUAAAAUUAAACAAAAUAGACAAAAAUGUAUUUUUAUACAAAUCUUGUUUAAAAUGUUGUUGUUGAAAUCUUUUAACGUGAGCUCCUGGUCUAAGCUAGCACUUGUGUCAUUUAGCGAUAUAAAGAUCACAAAUUAAUAACAAAUAUUAGAAUAAUUCAUGAAGUCGGUAAAAAAUAACAACAAUACUUGUACCUCUACUCACAUCUUCAUGGUUUUACAGGUUUGAUGUUAUGUAAUACCUCGGGCCUUCAUGGGGUCGUGGGUUUGAGUCCCGAGUUCAGUUUGUAUCGCUAAAUGGGCCGUGCUGUAUAUUUACGUGAUGCGUAAGGAUUGUAACUCAAUAUUUGAGAAUGUUCCGUAUUGUAUUUGUAGCAGAAAGCACAUAUUUUCCGUACAUUGUUAUUGUAUGUAUGUAAAGCUAUAUUAAAAUAUAUUUAACAUACAUCUCACUUGUAUGAAAAACCUAUAAAAACUAGUACAUCUGCCUACCCCAUUACGAGAAAAGGCAAGUUGUAUAAAGUAUAUAAAAUCGAACAUGGGACUUAGUGGUUAUUAAAAUAGCGUUAUCCGCUUUUGAGUUAUAGCGAGUGUUAUAGACAAGCGAAAUUCAACCUUUCGCGAAUGUAGAUAGGGUAAAGAUUAGUAAAAUACCCGUAAGUAUGUUAUUAGGGUAAAAAGCUAAAAUGCGUUCUAGGGAAUUGAGAAAGGACUUAUCAUUAUGCUGACAUUAAGUCAACUUUAGACAAUUAAUAUGGUUUCUUAAUUAAAUGCUUAAUUAAAACUAGUUUAUUGAUUUGAUCAUGUUCAGCAUGAUAGAUAUAACUAGGUUCGAUAUCUCGGACAGGUCAAGAUAUUGAUAAAUAUCAGUAAUACGAUGAGUUAUGCCUGAUGUUGGGCGAUAUACUCGCCUCUUGACUCCAGAGAGAUCGUUGAUAAUUGACUAAAACUAAAUAAAUACUGCUUGGUACAUAUAAAAUGUAUUUAUGUAAACAUGGUACCAAAAAAUAUGAGAAGAUCCUUAUAUGGGGCACCACUUCAACAGCCUAUAAAUGCCCACUGCUCAGCAAAGCCUCUUCUCAUAUAGAGAAGUUUUGAGCAUUAAUCUCAA